CGACCUCCAUGCUUGGAAAAAAAAUUGGAAAAAGGCUUGAAAUUUCUCCUUUUUUCUUGUUCAAUCACCAGAUUUAGGACCUAGAAAUCCCUUUAAAGCCAUAAAUAUUUCAGAUCUGCAGCUUCUCUUCCUCCCCUGUCCGCCGGCUGCUAUGUGGGUGUGUGAUUUCUGGGCAUUUUUCCGCCCGAACAAAAAAAAAAAAGGGGAACCCGGCACCUCCCUUGAGAAAACCGGUGAGAAAGCUUGGAUUUCUCCUUCUUUUCUUGCUCUAAAACACAUCUAGAACCCAGAAUUUCUCCCCCCUGCAGAGAAGAAUCCGGAUCUGCUUUGCUUUGUCCGACCGGUUGCUGCUCUUGCCGGUUUGUGGGUGCAAAUUCUGGGCAUUUUUGGAUCCCCCUAAAUUCCCUUGCACUGCCGUCGGCUUCUCCCCCCCUGCUAGGUCCGGUUUGCAGCUGGAAAUUUUGGAAGUGAAACCGAGGACGAGGAAACUACAGGAAGUGACGAGUUAGAAGGCUAGCCACUGCGAGAUUGAUAUAGAAUUUAGGAAUAAAUCAUGCUUUUGUAUGAUAGAUUUUACCUUGAGAUCAGAGCUUAAGUGUUGGACACAAAAUUAAUGUGAAAUAUUUGAUUUAAGUUAUUAGAUUGUCAGAUGUGAAUUGGAUAAGUUCUGAGCCUUGUGCAUUUGUGAGAUCUUCUCACGAGUGCACGAUGUCUGCCACGUCUCGGAUUUGGGUUAUGGGGCGUGACAACUACGAAGCUGCUCAAAUAUUUGGCACCGUCUAUGAGAACUCGAAUAAGAAGUUGUGUAGUUUAACAGGCAGAAAGACAAAAUGGUCCGUACCUUUACUGGAAAUCGCCCUCCAAGAAAUGAAAUGGAUGAACAGAAAGACACUCAGCUAUCUGAGCUCGGCCUUAAUGACUUUAGACCAAUGCCGAGAAACCUUUUCGUUAGGGGAGCAGAACAGGAUCAAUUAAGUGGAACAGAUGAUGAUGAAAGAACACCAAUUGGGUCAACGAAGCCUGCUCGUACAACUGAGCUUGAAGAGAGAACCAGAGUUCUCGAGAUGGAAAUGGGCAAAAUCCUUGCCCGCUUAAUCCUAGAUGACCCCCUGAUUCCUUUGCUGAACAGGGAUGCACAGCCAACUGCAAUGGUUGCAACUCAUAACUCCCCGGCCUUGAGUAAUGUGGUAAUUCCAACCAAACCAAAGGGAAGUGGGAAGUUGAAUAGCGAGCCUAGCUCGUCCAAACAUGGUAGCGAGCCUAGCUCGUCCAAACAUGGUGAAGAACUGAUGAGAAAGAAUGCAGACCUGGAAAGGCAGUUUCGGGACGUACAGAAAUCCAUUGACGAGCUGAAAAGCCCUAGGUCGGUUAGCUUUAUACUGUCAGAAGACUUCCAGUCGUCCAAGCGACGAGCUGAUGACAAACAGAGCAAAAGCAAUGAACAACCACCGAGCAGAGAGGAAAAGAAAAAGCAGAAAGUCAGUGAGCAAUGGGGGAAGCCAGUUGAAUUCCCGAAAUAUGCUAACUACAUCCCUCUGACCUUGCCAAGGUCUCAAAUUCUGGCACAAAUCCAGCAUUGGAUUAGAAGACCCCCACCCCGGUUGUAUGAUUCUCCAAGAGCAGACAAGAGCAAGCAUUGUGACUACCAUCGUGUAUACGGUUACAAUACAAAAGAUUGUCAACACUUAAAGGACGAGCUGGAGUUCCUAGCUCGCAAUGGAAAACUAGAAGGAUAUGUUCAGAAGCUCCAUACCAAGCAACCAACUCAAAAUCACUUUGUACAAGGGUAUGACCGACCUCAAGGGCAGAGACCUUUGAAGCGGCCAUUCGAGGAGGUAGAGUGGGAGAAUGCGCCUAUUACAUUCAGGCCGGUAGAUUACAAGCGAGCAGAAGGAGAGCCUGACAUUAUGAUGCCCCAUGCAGAUCUUUUCGUUGCAACAGUUCAUAUAGGUAAUCACAAUAUCAACAAGGUGUUUAUCGAUACUGGUAGCUCGCUAAAUAUCUUAUACUGGAGCUGUUUUCAAAAGAUGCAACUGAAUCCGAGCUUGCUGCAGAAGUAUGAAGGGCCCGUAUAUGGUUUUGACAACCAGCUCGUCCCGGUUGAGGGAGUUAUUACCCUUCCCAUAUAUGUGGGCUCAGAACCACGCUUUAGGAUGGCUUCUGUUGACUUUCUAGUUGUCAAGAUGGAAUCGGCUUUUAACGCUAUAUUAGGAAGAGCUACCUUGUGCGAGCUGAAGGCUGUUAUUUCACAACCCCAUCUCUAUAUGAAAUUCCCAACUCCUCAGGGGGUUCAGUUGCUGUUGGAUGACCAGGAGAAAACAGCUUUUUAUGUUGGUGACGCAAUCUACUGCUAUGUCAUGAUGCCAUUUGGCUUAAAAAAUGCUGGCGCUACAUAUCAGAAGCUGGUGCAAAUCAUCUUUAAGCUCCAGAUCGGCAAGAACAUAGAAGUAUAUGUAGAUGACAUGAUAGUCACCAAUGUACGAGCUGAAGAUCACAUAAACGACCUGAGUGAGAUGUUUCAAAACUUGCGCCGAGCCCAGAUGAAGCUGAAUCCCUUGAAGUGCACGUUCGUUGUAGAAUUAGGAAAAUUCCUAAGGUACGUGGUAUCCAAGAAAGGAAUUGAAGUGAACCCAGAGAAGGUUCUUGUCGUUCAGCAGAUGGAGCCUCCCAAGACUGUAAAGGAUGUGCAGCGCUUGACAAGUCGUGUAGCCGCGUUGCACAGGUUCAUAGCCAGGGGAGAGUUUAUACCUGAACCUGGGGUUACAGAAGAGGCAGUGAGCUCAGUUUUGCUCAGGGAAGAGAAUAAGAAUCAGAAGCCUAUCUGCUAUGUGAGCAAGGUUUUACAAGGCGCCGAACAGAACUACCCACUAGCAGAAAAGACUGCUUUUGCCCUGAAACCCGAACUCUCUGGUCGACUUAUCGAGUGGAGUGUCGAGUUGAGUGAAUACGACCUCAAAUUUCAGCCGCGCACAACCAUAAAAGGCCAAGCCAUUGCAGACUUUCUGGUGGAGUGCAUCUCGGUGACUGAGGAAGAAAAGGCACCCGAGCACCCAGUCUGGGUUUUGUAUGUUGAUGGAGCUGCUAACAUUGAAGGAUUAGAAUAUGAAGCCCUCAUUUACGGAUUGAAGCUGGCGUCCGAGCUGAAGGAUUUGUUUCCUUCCAAAUCGACAAAAUACCAAGAGCAGAUAACCACCGAGCAGGCGAGCUGUCAAAGCUGGCCUCCUCGCAGGACCUUAACCAUGGUUUUUAAAAUCGGACCGGUGAUUGAACCGAUUUACUCAUUGGUUCUCGGUUUGGCUGGUCCGACUGGUUCAACCGAUCGGCCAGCAGACUUUUCAGUGGAGAAACAGAUUUCGUCCAACUCACCGGUAGCACCCUCGGUUGGACACGACGGUGAAGGCCUCUGGUGGUGGGUCAAGAAUGUGCGUCAGUGGUGCCAUCCAGCCUGGAACAAUUUGCCCGACGGGUUUGUCGGGCCGUCCGGGCGGGAUGGGCGGAACGAGUUCUCCGGGUUUGGAUGGGCCAACCGUCCAAACGAGCCUGGGUAUCAACCCAGCCCGUUUCAUGCUCUGGGCGGUGGUCGGACCGGCUGGUCCGGUCUGGGUUUCAAAACACUGACCUUAACCCUCAAAGAUCAACAAUUGUCGAGGUGCUGGACGCCCCAAGCUACACCGAUUUCACAAUCAAGUGUCAGGGAAAUGCUCUCAUCACUCUCAUCUCCUUGGCCUUUUGCACAGUGGGGAGUCGAUUUGCUCGGCCCUUUUAUCAAAGGCAAAGGAGGUUGCACUUACCUCAUUGUUGCGGUAGAUUACUUCACCAAAUGGAUAGAAGCUAAACCAUUGUCCACGACAAUAAAAAAGAAAAUAGAAGAAUUCCUGUUCAAUUCGAUAUUAUACAGGUUCGGUAUUCCUAAGCGGAUCAUUGCUGACAAUGGUCCGCAGGUCCGAGUCGCGGCACUGAGGUCGUUCUGCAACGACUAUGGCAUUGAGCUCGCCUUAACAUCUGUGUAUACUCCACAAUCUAAUGGACAAGCCGAGUCCGCCAACAAGAUCGUUUUGCGAGGCCUCAAGACGCGUGUUUUGGCUGCACAUUCUAAUUGGGUUGACGAGUUCAAUAAAGUCCUGUGGUUUUGUCGCACUACACCCAGCUCAGCCACAGGGGAAACCCCAUUCAGCCUUGCUUAUGGAGCUGAGGCCGUUAUCCUUGUAGAGGUCGGAUUGCCAUUUGAUAGAGCAGAUCGGCACAGCGAUGAUCACAAUGAGCAACUUUUAAGGGAAAACCUACACCUUGUGGAAAAGGUCAGAAAAAUGGCUCGAAUAAGAAACAUGGCGCAUCAAAGCCGUGUAGCAAAAUUCUAUAAUAAAAGAGUUUGAGCUCGUCAGUUUCAGGUCGGCGAUCUAGUUUUACGCAAAGCUGGAUUAACCAAUACUUAUUCACACAUGGGCAAGCUCGCUCCCAAUUGGGAAGGUCCCUAUAUGGUUGUUCAAAUUAAACGACCUAGAUCUUA